UUUAACAGAAAAUCAAAUGUUUACAGUUUACACUUUACCCGUUCUCUGGUUUUAAUUCCGCUCUCUUUCCCAUCCUCAUCGUUCAUCAUCGUCAUCAUUCCGGACAUAUUAAUAAUAAUUCACUUUCAAAAAUUUUCCAUCCAAUUUUCUCUACUCCCAAACACCCCCAUUAACUUUCCCUUCACGGAUCAAACCCAAAUGAAUUUCACCAUCUCUCCAUCAUCCUCGAUCCUCCAACAAAUCCCCUCACUUUCCCACCUAAAAGAGCUCUACUUUUCUCGCCCACUUUCCUCCUCAAUUUCCUAGGGUUCGAGUCCAAUUUCUCUUCUCAAUUUCUCUCAAUCCCAAUCAACAACAAUGUUGAACAAAUUCAUGAAGCGCGGCCACCGGAAAUCCAAGUCGGAAUCCGCCGACUUCGGCUACGGCCAGCCGUUCAACACCGUCACCGUCAACCACGCUUCUCGGACGACCACCGCCUCCGCCGCCGACAACAUCAAUAACUCCGAAUCGCAUCCCGUAGCUCAUUCGCCGGCGCCGCCUCCCAACCCCGGCGUGAUCGAGAUCCUCCCUUUCCUAAGAGACGUCGCCGUUUCGGACCGGCCGGCCCUCUUCCUCCGCAAGCUCCAGGUUUGCUGGUUCCAAUGCGACUUCUCCGACACUCUCAAGGGCGUUCGAGAGAAGGAAAUCAAGCGCCAGACGCUUCUCGAGUUCGUCGAUUUCAUCCAAUCUGGUUCCUGCAAAUUGAACGAAUCAAUGCAGGAGGAGCUGAUCCGAAUGGUCUCCGUCAACGUCUUCCGGUGCUUGCCUCCCGCGCCUCACGAGAACACAGGCUCCGAAGCCGCCGAUCCCGAGGACGACGAGCCGUUUUUGGAGCCUUCUUGGCCGCAUUUGCAAAUCGUGUACGAGAUUCUAUUGAGGUACCUUGUUUCCUCCGAGACCGAUACUAAGAUCGCUAAGAAGUACAUUGAUCAUGUUUUUGUCUUGAAAUUGCUUGAAUUGUUCGAUUCCGAGGACCCGAGAGAGCGAGAGUAUUUGAAAACCAUUCUUCAUCGUGUGUAUGGGAAAUUUAUGGUGCAUCGACCUUUUAUUAGGAAGGCAAUCAAUAACAUAUUCUAUAGGUUUAUAUUUGAGACCGAGAGGCAUUGUGGGAUUGCUGAAUUGUUGGAGAUUCUUGGGAGUAUAAUUAAUGGUUUCGCACUGCCCAUGAAAGAGGAGCAUAAGUUGUUUCUCUCUCGGGCGCUUAUACCACUGCACAAGCCGAAAUCUAUAUCGCUUUAUCACCAGCCUUUGUCGUAUUGCAUCACGCAGUUCGUUGAGAAGGAUUACAAGUUGGCGGAGACGGUGAUUCGAGGGUUAUUGAAGUAUUGGCCCGUCACGAAUUGCCAGAAGGAGAUUCUGUUUCUGGGGGAGUUGGAAGAGGUUUUGGAGGGUACUCAGGCUGCAGAAUUCCAGAGAUGCAUGAUUCCUCUUUUCAGACAGAUUGGCCGCUGUCUUAACAGCCCACAUUUCCAGGUUGCAGAACGAGCCCUUUACUUUUGGAACAACGAACACAUUGUAAGCUUAAUUGCACAGAACCGAAAUGUGAUACUUCCAUUGAUUUUUGAAGCAUUGGAGAAAAACAUUCGAGGUCACUGGAACCAGGCUGUAAACGGGCUGACGGCAAAUGUGCAGAGGAUGUUCCAGGAGAUGGAUAUCGAAUUAUUCGAGGAGUGCGAGAGGCAGUACUUGGAGAAAGAAACCAGGGCCAGAGAUUUGGAAGAGCAGCGAGAAUUAACGUGGAAGAGACUGGAAGCGGUCGCAGCACAAGCUCAGCGAGAGAAUAUGGUUUUGGUUAGCUGAUUAUUUUCGUAAGAGAUAAUUGAGUUGGCUAUUCUUUCUUUUUUUUUUUCCCCCCUUGUUUUUGACAUUGAGGUCUUAAAUCUUAUUAAGGCUAUAACUGACGUAUUAUAGAAAGGAGGAGAAUAUAUAUAUAUGUAAUGCUUUUUAUGUAACAAGGAAUUCGAAUUGUCCUUCUGCUGACUAUUAACAGUUAAAGGAAAUUGAUUAAUUAUUCUUGCUUUUC